AUGAAGAAAUACAAUUUUGUUUGUAAUGCUAUUUUGCAUGUAUAUCACUGCGGCACUUACGUUAGAUUGCUAGAUAUUGCUACAUUAUGUGCUGAGGUAACCUCAUACAGUAGCGGUCUUAACGGUGAAUGGAUGGGGGUAUUGCGUGCUCUUUGCUGCUCACCAAGUUCAAAUUUUGGCUUCACUGAAUUAUUGACGCAACUGGAAAUUUCAGAUAGCAGAUCAGCGGACAAUAUUGCCAUGUUUACCGCUGUUUUAAUUUCGAGGCACUGUUUCUCUUUAGAAGAGUUAUUAAGACUUGUUAUUUUACCACCGCUUCAUGACACACGCACUUCUCGUUCAAUUAAUCAACACUUCAAAAUUGGCGCUGGAGCUCGUUUAAGUUGCCAUCUCUUGCUGAGGCUAUUAGAGAAACCAUCGCAUGAGGUCAAUAGUUACGUAGACUAUAAUAGCGGAGAACUGGUUUUGAAGUCAUGGGAUAGAAGCUUACUAUCUACUUGGCAUCAUACCUUAGAUUUGAACUACAUCUACAUUGUUUUGAAGACUAUGGCAGCUAUGGUUGAUUCUAAUAAAGAUAAUAAUAGCAAAGACAUAUUUAAUUUUACGACAAAUAUGGGAAUAUUAGAUGAACCAGAUACUACUUGCGCUAAUCUUGCGUUAAACGUUCUAAAAUCAAUUUGUGCUCAGCCUUUAAUUCAACAACAUGUUCUUUGUAAUCUGCGAGACUGUUGUUCUAAGGAAUUUCUAUUAGAUUCAAUGUUGACAAAGCGUCAGGCCAUCUACCUACAAUAUCUGCUGUGCUGUGCUGACAGUAUUACUUUCGACCCUUCUGAUAUUGAUACUGAUAUUAAUAAAGAAGAUGUGCUCAAUCUAUUAAAGGAUAUUAAUCAAUGGUCACUAAGAACAACUUGGCUUGAGAUCGAAUUACAUAUCAAGCUCUGUACGCGCAAUGAAGAGCGGACGCGAAUUAUAGACAACUUAGCGGAAGCAAUUAUAAAAGUAUACCAAACUUCCAAUAUCACUAAGUGCGCUUCUAGAUCAGACAUGUCGGCCAUCUUAUCACAAGAAGGAAAUAUCUCUUUAAUUGCUCCUUUCGUAGCGAAAUUAUCCAAUUUUGCUCAGGGUCAUAUUCUAAAAGCAGCUGGAGAAGUAUUGGAAAGAUCAAAAUGGUGGUUACCGGACGAUGACAAUCCCUGUACUUUGAACCAAAAGCCUUUCCUUUCUCUAAUAUUAACUUGCUUACGCUGCCAAGAUGAACAUAAAAGGUGCUUUUUAUCUUCCAUUCAAAAGCAAUUUCAACAAUUCUUGCGUUCGCCGAUUGAGGAAAGAAUGCCUGAUAAUCUUAAACAGAGAGAAUUCUUAAACGAUGCCAUUCAUUUGCGCCUUAGUUUGAUCGGAGCUGUAUUCGAUACUAUAUUACGUGAUCUAACGCUAUGCAAAGAUUGGAUACGCCUAAUGUUGCAAUUUAUAGCCUCCGGAACAAUAGAUCUAUUCAGCGAAGACAAACAACUGCUGAGUUCUAUCUUGGAUAUGCUAUCAGUAUUAAUAAGUACCUUGAACGUAUCAGAAAGUGUACCGUCAAUGAGUGAUGAGGCUAGAAAAGUAAAUGCAUCGCUGGUUAAGAAAUUCAGGAAGGAGUUGGAUGGAAUUAAUUCCCCUGUGGUGAGGGAAUGUAAGAAAUUGUUUUCGCUUGAAACUCCGCCAGUUAAUGUUAUUUCCGUUUCGAGUGAAACUGACGAUACUUGCUAUCAAAAUGAGUUGUUUAAGACGGUCGCAGUGGAUCAUUCUGUGCAUGUAAAUAAUUGGGACAUUCUAGAAAGUACCAAAUUCUCUUCUCCUACUUUAUGGUCAUACUUUGCUGGUGUUAAAGUUGAUAGGAAGCCAUUGACGUACGAAAAUCAGUUUUUUUCGACUAUGCAACAUAGUCAUAUGAUAGAAGAAUCUCCAGUCUUUUACUUGCCAACUAAAGAAUUAGAAAUUAAUCCGUUACCCUCUGCUAAACCAACUACAAGUAAAACUGUAAAAAAUCGUACCAGUAAUGCCAAGACAGCUGUACCAAAGGAAAUAACGCCUCCUUCAUCUGUAAUUAAACCAGAGGUAAAAGCAACAAAAGCUGCUCCUGGUAAGCGUCAGCGUAGGCGUUCUACGAUUAAAGAAAAAGAAGAAAAGCGCACUACACCCUCUACUAUUACGGUCACGAAUACGAUUUCGAAGACUACUGCAGCUGAUUCUAUGCGUGAUAGACAAUAUCUUGCUAUUGGAUCAUCGUCGGGAACUGCUCGUAGCAAUGCCACACAAAAUAAUGAAGGCUUUCAAUCACUAAUUUCCAAGCAAGUGAAAGUAUCUCAACCUGUUUCAUCUUAUACUAUUUCUGAUCGAUCUCAAUCUGAAACUAGAGCCCCUAGAAAGAAUUCGGGGACUCAAUUAAGAGAUUUAUUGGGGGAUAUGCCAACUGCGAUGGUGUAUCCUGAAGCUCCAAAUGUUGGCCGUUCUCAAAUGCAAACAACGAUGGUAACUUCUGCGUCUGAUUAUUCCAGCUUUCAAUCAAUGAAUAAUAAUACUAUUGCUAAUAUAAAUCAGGGAAUAGACAGUAGUUUUAGUGAUACAUUAAAUAUAGCAAGUCACUCAGAUAACUUAUCUCAACGAUCGCUGCAGCAAGGUAUGACAUCGUCAUUAAUGGACAAUAAUUCGAUGGUUGAUAAUCAGAUUUCAACCAAUUUUAUGAGUACUCGCAUGCCAGUUAAUCGUUCUGCCGGCAGGAUGUCUCAGAAUUUAAUUAACUCUAAUAGCCAGCAAUCACGAUCUAAUGACGUUUUACGUCGACUUAAUAAGUUUAAUGGUCAUCAAUCUCAUUAUCGUUAG